CCUGCUGCGAGAGGGCAGUCCACUGGUCUAACGAUAGCAGAGCAUUAACACCAGAUCUUCUUUGCCGUCCUCCUGUCAAUCUCUUGAUUCGAUUUCCCGUUAGCAGCGGCCAAUCCGAACCAGUGAAGAUGACGACCUGUGGCCCCGUGACGAAGAGCCUGCUGCUGCUGGCUGUGGUGGUCGCUCUGACCGGACAAGGAUCUGCAGUACCUCAGAAGGUCCCUGAAUGCUGCACCAGGGUGACCAAACAGGAGAUCACUGAAACCAUCGUGGCCUACAUGGUGCAAAAGAGAAACCAUCACUGUGUCAAUGCCGUCAUUUUCAAAACAGAGAGCGGUAAGUUGUUCUGCUGCAAAGAUAAUGAGCCCUGGGUGAAGAGGAAGGUCGGGGAGCUUGAGCUGCACAAAAGAUUCGCAUUGGCCUCCCCCCCUCCCUCCUGAAGCUCAUCACGUCCAGCUCCACUCCUCCACCAUUGGAGUGGACCACCGCCACGCCCCCAACGCAUUAUACCGUCCAAUAGAAAUGCAUCUCAUUCAGUGCCGGCCAAUGAGCUUCAAGAUGGCUGACCAGAUACUUUUGAAGAGAAAAACAAUCAACUGCUAGAACUUUUUUUUGAUACAUUUUCAGUACUCCAGAUAUACUAGCAUUUUUGCGGAAGUGUUUUAGGGCCAGAUGAGAAUCUUUUUGAAUGAGUUCUGAGUCUGAAGUCAGAACUCAGAGAAAGAGAAUCACAUGUGGCCCUAAUCCUCUUCUCUACAUUGUGAACCCCUUAUAGGUUAUUUAAUAUAUAUAUAUAUAUAUAUAUAUAUAUAUAUAUUAAAUAACCUAUAAGGGGUUCACAAUGUAGAGAAGUGAACCCCUUAUAGGGGGGGUUCACUUCCCCUAUAAGGGGUAAAAA